AUGCAAACUCAGUUCAUCCGUGCUCCUCUAGGAUGGCUGAUCACGGUGAAUGCAAUAGCACCCUCAGCAUUUUUUGAGGCAAGGGAGACUGGGCAGAGUCCGGUGCACUUCGACCUGGCACCUGAAAGCCAGCUUGAGGCGCCCGCAGCUCCACAGCAAACUCUUGCCAAAGAGGAGCAGGAAGAGAGGCAGCGGGCUGAAAAGGAGGUGAGAGACUUGAAGGCCACCAUAGCUGAGCUUGAGGAGAGGCUUCAGCAGCAAGAUGAGCAGCUGCAGCUGAACCAGACUCGGCAGCAAGAGCUCUCUGAUGACCUCGAGGAGGCUCGGCGGGCCGUGCAGGAGCACCAGCAAGCAGCGGAGGAGGCGCUGCAGGCCCGGCAGCAUAUCGAGAAGGAGGUCGCAUCCCCACAUCCUUCGUCUUCGAGCGUGCAACGCGCUCCGUCUCCAGCGCCUGAGUGCGCGAGUCUCUCUCCUCUGCGAGGAGACGUGGGCAAGGAGCUUGUGCACACUUGGCGGCACCCUGCCGGCGAAGUUUUCCUUUCAGCUGUCCAGGCAUGUUUGCCAACCCUCGCCGCAUCACCCGCAUCGACGGCAUCACGAAGCCCUCCUCCAGGCAGACAUGCACAUCGUGGCAUUCUGGCUGUUCCAGAGGAGGCUUACAAGGCAAACCCCUCCCAGCAAGGUGGUAUUCCGGCCCACGAAGCCGAGGUCGGUUGCCAGCACGACGACAGGCUGCUCGCGCUGGAGAAGUGCAUGGAGGAAACUCGCCGCCAGCUGGAGGUUUGCUUGGAGACGGCUGCGAGAUCUCGCAGUCCAGUGACGAGCCCUGUCCAGGUACCCGAAAAGCCGAGCCCCGUCCGCAUCGCUUCCCCCGAGCGCGGACACGCCGAGGCUUCCCCUGGACAUCCAAGCGUGUCUGAAUGCCCGACCGUAGAAGUGCCGGAUGCGCACCUCCAGGCGUCUCUUCUCCUUCGGUCGUGCCUGGGCAACACACUGGACCCGCCGGAGUUGCUGCAGAAGGCCCAGGCCAUGCUGCGGCUGAAGGCGGCCGUCGGUGAGAUCUACGCAGUGCUCUGCCUUCAAACGAAGGCGAAGUCAUUCCUGGCCCAGUCCACGGUGGCAGGGCUGGCUCAGAGAAGGAGACCACGCCCACAGACAGCAGGCUCAGGUCGAUCGACGCAACCACGCGGCGCGUUCAACCGCUCGCCGCUCCCGCCUUCUUCCGAGGCACUGCGGCGGCGAGCGACCGUGCAGGCCAUUCCAGAACGGGGCAGAGGUGGUGAAGCAGCCACGGGAGUGACAGCCAGGCGACGGUGGAGCUCUUGCCCUCGGCCAGACAGCGUUCCACCCCUCGCGCUGGAGCUCGUGCAGUUUGGAGAACGAGUUGUUCCGCAAGUUUCUCCAUCUCCUCCUGAGCUUCACCCGCGCAUGGUAUCCUACUAUGCUGCUCCACGCGAUCCAGUUUCUCCGGACAACGUUCAGCGAAACGAAGGCGAAGCAGGGGCUCUUCUAGAGCCCGUGUCGUACUACGCACGGGAGAACCGACGCCGAAAUCGAUUGCUGCGGGAUCAACUUCGUGGCCAGGCAGACCCCAACGGAAUCCUAGAGCUUGCCGCCGAGCGUGGUGCAUCCUGGGAUAGCAUUGGGCUAUCCACGGCCUUGCAUGCUCUUGCCUGGAAGGUGAAGAAGGGCGCUCCGAAGCCCGACCUGAGUGACCGUCGAUGGCAGCAUCUGCAAGUCCUUGCAUACGGCCAACUGGCUGAGGGGGAAGCCCGCAACCUGGCGAACACGGCCUGGUCGAUGGCCAACAUCUCAUCAACGAGUCUUCCUUUCAUGACGAAGGUUGCCGAGCUUGCACAGGAUCGCGCCGACGAGUUCAAACCCCAGGAGAUGUCGAACCUUUUAUGGUCUUUUGCCACUGUGAGGUACAAGAAUCCUCUCCUCUGCGGCCUGUCGACGACGGUGCAGCGCUUUUCGUCUUUAGCCGAGGCUCAGGCACUGUCGUGUCAGGAUGCGGCCAAUAUGAUGUGGGCCUUUGCUUCGCUGAUGUUUGGGUUCACGGAAGCCACGGAUCUGGUCACGCACAUUCACGCCAGAAGCUUCGUCGUUGACUUCAAACCUCAGGAGUGUGCUAACACGCUCUGGGCCAUGGCCAUUCUUGAUAUUCAUCACCAUGACUUGGUCGAGAGCAUUGCUUCUCGUGCCUUGGAGAUACUUGUUGAGUUCAGGUCUCAGAACAUUUCAAACCUCCUAUGGGCCUAUGCGAAGAUCGGGCACAGAAAUAACACUGCGACUGAAGCGGUGCUGGAGUUCUCCAUGGACAAGUUACAUGCUUUCUCUGCACAGGACCUUACAACCAUGGUUUGGGCCUGUGCGACUAUGGACUACUGCUGCCAGACAUUCUGGGAGCUUUGCCGGCCGCGGUUGGAGGCAAUUGCACAAGUGUCACCGCUGCGGCCGCAACACCUCUCCAACACUGUCUGGUCCUUGGCGACCCUUCAGCUCCAGGACAAGCCCUGGUUUGACUUCUCCAGCUUGUCCCUUCCAUCCCGCAUUCAGGAGUUUAAACCGCAGGAGCUGGCGAACUUCAUCUGGUCUCAAGCUGUGAUUCUCUGUGACAGUCCUGCAGUGGCUUGCAUUGUCUUGCGAGCUUCGCAGAUACACAGUGAGUUCAGUUGCCAAAGCAUGGCAAACUUUACUUGGGCAUAUGCCAAGCUUGGCUAUCAGAGUGAGAGUAUGAUUGCAAUACUUCAGGAGGCUGCUGCAACCAAGAUUGACAGAAUGUCUGAGCAGGAUCUGUCAACGACAUUCUGGGCCUUCAGCACUAUGCAACACCGAGAUGACCUUUUUGUGGAGUCGUUUAAGUCUGCGCUGAUGUUGAAGCUGCAUGAUCGUCCCAUCAAGUCGCAGCACGCUUCAAACAUCCUCUGGGCGUUGGCUUCCGUUCUUUUCCAGGAUGCGCCCUUCUUCCAUGCUAUCGGGGAAAGUGUGAAGAAGUCCAUUUCGACAUUUACUCCGCAGGACCUGUCCUGCAGCAUAUGGGCGCUGGCCACCGUGGUGUAUUCUGACCCAAGCCUAACAGAUCUCAUCGCCUCGGCCGCGCAGAAGCAGAUGGACUUCUUUGACCCCCAAAGCCUCGGCCAGAGCGCCUGGGGAGCCGCGUAUCUGAAGACCUCCGUCCGCUCCCUCUACGCUGCUCUCGAAAGCAGUAUCGACAAGGCCCAGUGUCUCAUGACCUACAAUGACAAGGUCAUAGCUAUGCUUGUUCGGGCCUUCUUAACGGCAGGGGAGGUGAGCUGCGCUUGGAAGCUGUUUGACAACAUGCGUCGCUUGGGUUUAAAUCCGGGAAUAACCGCGCUUGGUGCAUGGCUGCAUCACUGUCGGAACCUGCAGCCAUCCACGGAAAGAGAAAUGCAAGCGAUGGAUGUACUUUCGCGGUUUCAGCCGUGCCGAUACAUCCAACAAGCUAUUCUCAACGCAUCUGCCUUGCGCUUGGCAGAGGCCGGAUGGUGCUCCGAAAGCGAAUCGUUGGUUCAAAGCUUGCUCAGCAUCGAGGCCAACCCUGUCACCAAGGCCAUUAGCACCAAGUUGUCACAUGGAGUCUUCGCAAAGGCAAAGAGCAUGUUUGGGCAGCUCCACUUGCCUCACUGGACCAUGCCAGCCAGAGGGAGUGGACACUCUGGCACAGACUAUGACAAGCAAUGCAGGUUGCUGCAACAUGUGCUCUGCACGGCUCGGGAAGGAGAUCCGGUGUCCGUCGUCAACACGAUCGAAAACUUCUCGGUUGAUGGGAAUGGAUGGCUAAAAAUUGCAGGUGGAGGCAAGGGUGUCGUUCUGGAUGAUCUGGUCACGAAAUUGGCUCCGCAGCCCGUGGCUCUUGUACUAGAGUUCGGCUGCUUUGUUGGAUACUCAUGCACGAGGAUGGCCUACCAGUUGGUUCGUGGCAAAGUAGUGUCUAUCGAGGUGGACCCCAUUCACGCAUGCAUUGCAAGAAAUGUGGUUGAGUUUGCAGGUGUUGCAGACCGGGUUUCCAUUUGUAUCGGGUACAGCGAAGAUGUUAUCCCGCAUUUGAAAGACACAUGUGGUGGUGCGGCCGCAGACGCGGUUUUUUUCGAUCAACGUGGUACGAGGUUCCACACGGAUUUGCAGAUGCUUGAAGCCGAAUCAUUGCUGAAAGACAAGUGUGUCAUUUGUGCUGACAAUGUCUUAAAGCCCGGCGCUCCCCACUUCCUGUGGUAUUUGCAGAACAGCCCGAUGUACGACUUGACUGUUGUUUCGUUACGAGAGUUUGCUGCUGAUCGCAUCGAGGAUUGGAUGGCAAUCGGAAGGUUCAGUCCCGAGCAAGUCUCAACAGCUGCGGCACCUUUUUUCCCUCCCUCCUUGGACUGGGUGGCGUUUCUGACAGACAAGGCAAGGGCAAGGAGUUGCAAUGCCGAUGGGCCCUGCGAAAUUGAUGAGGCAGCCUGGGCACGUCACUCCCAGGCGAUCCGUCAGGCAUACGAGGAUGUGGGAAUCAAGCCUCACAUCGUCUAUGUUCGUUCGAAAGGUGGCUGUGCUUUUGUAGACUGGUAG